AUGGCCGAAGAACAGAAGCCCGUCGAGGUCCCCAAGGAGACUGUCCCUGCCGUCACCACCGAGCAGCCCGCUGCCGAGACGAAGCCCGUCGAGACCACUGAGGCUCCCGCCGCCGUCACUGCCGACGCGACUACCGAGACCCCGGCCACCACCACCGCCACCGAGACCCCGGCUGAGGCCGUUGCUCCCGUCGAGGAGGCCAAGAAGGAGGUUGUUCCCGUUGAGGAGGGUACGCUCGAGCACAAGGGCGCCAACUUCCCAAAGAACUUCAUCUACUCCAAGGAGUUCUUCUGGUUCGGAAACGAUGCCGUCGAGUUCAAGAACCUCUCUUCCUACCUGAAGAGCGAGAAGUCCACUGAGGCUGCUCACCACAACGCUGCUUGGGCCUCCCACACCGGCAAGGGUCUCCUUUUCUUCGGCGACAAGACCGCUCCCCAGGGCGUUAUUAACUUGGCCGACGCCGCCGAGCCCGCCGCUGAUGGCGCCAACAAGUUCCACUUCACCGCUAAGGGCCACAAGCACACCUUCAAGGCUGCCAACGCCGAGGACCGUGACAACUGGAUCUCCCAGCUGAAGCUCAAGAUUGCUGAGGCCAAGGAGCUCGCCUCUACCAUCGCCGAGACUGAGGCCUACAAGACCGCCCUCGAGAGCCUUAAGCCCGCCAAGAAGGAAGAGAAGGCCGCCGAGGCUCCCGCCGCUGAGGCUGCCGCUGUCGCUGAGGCACCUGCCGCUGAGGCUGUUGCUGUGCCCGCCGCUACCGAGGAGGCCGCCGUCAAGGAGACCCCCAAGGAGGAGGAGCCCAAGAAGGAGGAGUCCAAGCGCCGCUCUGCUAGCCGCAAGCGUGGUUCCAUCUUUGGCAACCUGCUCGGCAAGAAGGACGAGAAGAAGGAAGAGAAGGAGGAGACCGCCCCCGUUGCCGAGGCCGCCAAGGAGGAGACUCCCGCUGUUCCUGUGACUGAGGCCCCCGUUGCCGAGGUCGCCGCCCCCGCCGAGACCCCUGUUGCUCCUGUCACUGAGGCUCCUGUCGUUGCCACAGAGACUGCUGCCGAGGACAAGCCUGCCGAGGCUGCCAAGGAGACUCCUAAGGAGGAGAAGAAGGAGAAGCCUGUUCCUACCAAGCGCAACAGCAUCUUUGGUGUCUUUGGCAAGAAGGAGAAGAAGGCAGCCGCCGCUGCCGACGCUGAGGCCGCUCCCACCCUUGCCAAGGAGGGUGAGGUGACUCCUGCUGCUGAGACUGCCCCUGUCAUUCCUCCCGUUGAGGCCACCACCCCUCUGGCCGUUGAUGUGGCCAACCCCAGCACGGUUCCCGUUGAGAUCAAGGAGACUGCUCCCGCAACCAACGGUGAGAGCCGCCCUGAGCUCAAGGAGAAGCGCAAGUCUUCCCUGCCUUUUGGUUUCGGCAAGCGCGACAAGUCCCCGGCCAAGUCCCCUGCUCAGUCUGACGGCGAAGAGACCGAGAAGGCAGAGAAGACCAGCACCUUCUCCAAGCUUCGCGCCACCAUCAAGGGCCGUGGCAAGACUGAGAAGUCCGCCGAGAAGCUCGAGAAGACCGAGGAAAAGCCUGAGGAAGCCCCCGCUGCCGACGCUGUUAAGCCCGCCACCGAGACUCCCGCUGCCGAGACCUCCAAGGCUGCUGAGGAGCCGGAGAACAAGCCGGAGAAUGUCGCUUCUUCCACCCCUGCCCCCGUCACAGCCGCCGCAUAG